CGGACGUACGCUCAGAGUUGCGAUGGCGGCCGCCCGGUGAGCCCGUCUGUCCCGUACAGCGUCAACCCGAACCCGGUGCUUCUGGACCCGAACCCCCUGCCUGGACCCGAACCCCGCCUGGACCCGACACUGCUCCAGCUCCCGGAUGGCUCGUGAGCCGCGGUCGUAACGGCGCGAAACUCGACACGAGAACGGGAAGAUCUGAGUCAUCGUAGAGCAGCAGCCAUGUCGGCGGCGGACGUCACGGCGGACACGGCGCCGUUCUUCUCCUCGGACAGCGAGGCGGACGGCCCGGAGGAGCAGGAGGCGGCGGCGGCGGCGGGGCGGAGGGCCGAGGGGGCGGAGCCUGCAGAGCCGGCCAGCGGCGUGUCUCCAGUCCGGGCGCUGCUCACCGUCUUCAUCCUCUGCUACAUCAACCUGCUCAACUACAUGGACCGGUUCACCGUGGCAGGUGUUCUCCCGGACAUUGAGAACUACUUCCUGAUCGACGACUCCAAGUCCGGCUUACUGCAGACAGUCUUCAUCUGCAGCUACAUGUUCUUGGCUCCGUUCUUCGGUUACCUCGGCGACCGGCACAACAGGAAGUACAUCAUGAGCGCCGGGAUCACCUUCUGGUCUGUGGUGACUCUGGCCAGUUCCUUCACCCCCCGAGAGCACUUCUGGGCGCUGCUGCUGACCCGCGGCCUGGUGGGCGUCGGCGAGGCCAGCUACUCCACCAUCGCUCCCACCAUCAUCGCCGACCUCUACGUCGGCGGCCGGCGGACCAACAUGCUCUCCGUCUUCUACUUCGCCAUUCCGGUCGGCAGCGGACUCGGCUACAUCGUCGGUUCUCAAGUCAGUAACGUGACGAAGGACUGGCACUACGCUCUGAGGGUGACGCCGGCGCUGGGUCUGUUCGCCGUGCUGCUGCUGCUCUUCGUGGUCCAGGAGCCGAAGCGAGGCGCCGUGGAGGCCCGGCCGGACCACCACCUCCGGCAGACCAGCUGGAUCAAGGACCUGCAGGCGCUCAGCAAAAACUGCAGCUUCCUGCUGUCCACGCUGGGCUUCACCGCCGUGGCCUUCGUCACCGGGUCUCUGGCUCUCUGGGCGCCGACCUUCCUGCUCCGGGCCGCCGUGUUCACCAAGGAGCGGCCGCCGUGCACGGAGGGGCACUGCGCCUCGUCGGACAGCCUGAUUUUCGGCGCCAUCACCUGCGUGACGGGCGUGCUGGGCGUGUUCAGCGGCGUCCAGGUGAGCCGGAAGCUGCGGAGCCGGACGCCGCGCGCCGACCCACUGGUCUGCGCCGCCGGCCUGCUGCUCUCCGCCCCCUUCCUCUACCUCGCCAUCGUGUUCGCCGAGCUCAGCACCACCGCCACAUACGUCUUCAUCUUCCUGGGGGAGACCUUCCUGUCCAUGAACUGGGCCAUCGUGGCCGACAUCCUCCUGUACGUGGUGGUUCCCACCCGCCGCUCCACCGCCGAGGCGCUGCAGAUCGUGGUGUCUCACCUGCUGGGGGACGCCGGGAGUCCGUACCUCAUCGGAGUGGUGUCGGACUCUCUGCGGAGGAACGACUCCUUCAUGUGGCAGUUCAGGUCGCUGCAGCUCUCCCUGCUGCUCUGCUCCUUCGUGGCCGUUGUGGGCGGAGCCUUCUUCCUCGCCACCGCCCUCUUCAUCGAAAGAGACCGCGACCGUGCCGAGAAGCACGUGGCUGCAGAUGACGAGCCGAUCGUCGUGCCGAAGAGCGGCCGCUCCACCCGCGUGCCGGUGUCCAGCGUCCUGAUUUGACGGCGGGACUUUCGCUCACUUCCUGUUUUCAUUUUGACACUGAGCGGACAGCUAGCCGGCGGUUAGCGGACGGCUAGCAGACGCUGGACAGUUAUUUUUAUACCGUAUUUUUUUAAGAGCAUUUGGAGGAAGUCCGGAUGGAGUCUCUGCUGGUUCUGUCAGGAACCCGAGGAACAGAAGCUUUGGCCCCCCUGGUGGUCAAACAGAGUCACCUCCACCACAGACGCCGUCGUGGGACUAUUUUUUUCUUCUUCUUCUUCUUUUUUUCGUUUUUAACCCGAGUUUUAAAGAAGAGAUUUUAGUGGGAUGUGGAUGAAGGGAUCGAUGUGGGUCUGAUGGUUUUUACAUUCAGCUCUGAUGAUUCCAGCCUGAGUGACACUUUGCUCUCUCGUUUGAUUAAAAAAUGCUGACU